AUGGCAGCCAUUGUUGAUUUGCUAAACUGUGAUGCUUAUACCGAGCAUAUUUUUUGCAACAACCGAUUGAAAUCAUUUACGAAAAGUGCCUGGCCUCAUCAACAAUCUGCUAAUUUAUCAGCGGAAAAGAUGGCUCAGGCGGGCUUCUUCUUCGACCCAGAUGAAGAAAAUAUUGAUGGCGUCAGUUGUCCAUUUUGCCUUAAAAGCUUGACCGGGUGGGAAGAUGGUGACGAUCCUUUAAUAGAGCAUGCAAAACGGAAGGAUAUUUGCUACUUUGCUCGUUUACAAAAGGAUGAAAAAGAAUGGACAGUUGAGGACUUUUUACGACUUCUGGCUCAGCGAAGGGCAUCCAUGAUGUCAUUAAUUACACUGAAAUCGAUCGAUGGUGCAAAGAAUGCCAUAGAAAGUGUGAAAAAGAGAAUAGAAGUUUUGACUGAAAAUAAGAAGCAAAAGAGGACAGCAAAGAGGAAGAAGUAA